UGACGUCACCCGCGCGCCGCUCUUCCUCCCAGUGUCUCGCGGGCGCGCUGGGGACAGGUUUUUGGCGGUUACUACGAGGUGGAGGCGACCAGUUCUCCGCGGCCCGGUGACAUGCUGCAGAAGCCGAGGGGCCGCGGCCGGCCCAGCACGCAGGCCGAGAAGGAGCGGGAGUGGGGAGACGCAGGCGAGGAGGCGCCCAGCACGUCCCGCGGCACGGGCGGCACGUCCCAGGGCUCCCGCGCCUCCCUGUCGGCCCCCGCCGUGGGGCCGCGCACCCAGAAGCAGCUGGAGCUUAAGGUGGCCGAGCUGGUGCAGUUCCUGCUGAUCAAGGACCAAAAGAAGAUCCCCAUCAAGCGCACCGACAUCCUGAAGCACGUGGUGGGCGACUACCGGGACGUGUACCCCAACCUGCUGCGACUGGCCGCCGAGCGCCUACAGUACGUGUUCGGGUACAAGCUGGUGGAGCUGGAGCCCAAGAGCCACACAUACAUCCUUAUCAACAUGCUGGAGCCGGUGGAGGAGGACGCCGAAGUGAGGGGCGACCAGGGAACACCCACCACGGGCCUGCUCAUGAUAGUCCUGGGGCUCAUCUUCAUGAAGGGCAACACCAUUACCGAGACCGAGGUCUGGGACUUCCUGCGGCGGCUCGGGGUGUACCCCACUAAGAAGCAUUUAAUUUUUGGUGACCCAAAGAAACUCAUUACAGAGGACUUUGUGCGGCAGCGCUACCUGGAGUACCGGAGGAUACCCCACACCGAUCCUGUGGACUACGAGUUACAGUGGGGCCCGCGAACCAACCUGGAAACCAGCAAGAUGAAAGUUCUCAAGUUUGUGGCCAAAGUCCAUAAUCAGGACCCCAAAGACUGGCCCACACAGUACUGUGAGGCCUUGGCGGAUGAGGAGAAUAGGGCCAGACCUGCAGUUAGUGCUCCGGCCACAUCCUCCUGAACUCUUGAGGCUGAGGAACUCCCGAAAUCCAGGAUAAGCGAACAGGGAAAGGCGGCUGGAGGAAGCUUGAUUCUGCUAGGUGUGGAUAUCUUGUAACAUCAGGGUGUUGUGCAAGAUUUUGAUGUUUUGUUAUGGGGCUUUAAUUUUUCACUGCUAAAGUAAUAGAAGAAAAAUUAUUUUACUGUUGUUUAAAGAGGUUUUCCAUCUUAGCAUAACUGGAAAAUUGCAGUAUGGUGUUAAACGUUAAGCAAAAAAUCCUUAGGUAAAUUGCUUUGCUGUCCUAGACGAUAAAGAGGCAAGAUAGCUAUUACCUCUUAAUUACUCUAGUUCUGGGGGGGGGGGAGUCUAUUGAAAUAGAAAUGCAAUUGUGUUAGCCUCAUGUCAACACAACUAUAAAAAUGCAUAUUCUGUAUGGAUAUGAGCACUCCAAACAAUCUAUAUGAUGUGUUCUCUAACAUUCUGUAUUCAUUAAAUGUUACUCUGUUACCCCAUGAAUGCCAUUUAAGGUGGGUUUUUUUCCUAUUUAUAAUAAAUACUGUGUUUUUGAGUCA